AUGUCCGGAAAGCCCAAGGUGUAUCAAGGUGUUAGAGUAAAGAUUACAGUUAAGGAGUUACUGCAGCAGAGAAGAGCACGACAAGCAGCAACCAGUGCAGCAACUGUAAUCUCUGGCCCAGGGAGACUGCCAAAGUCUGAGCAUAGCAGGCUGCUGAGGAUGGGGGAGAAGAACGUUCAGCCAGGGUCUCAGCCCCCCGGGAAGCUGCUUUCAACCACCCCCUAUCCCUGGAGGCUUUCUCUUGUCCAGUUGGAUCAGGCAGGGAAUGAAGGCACCAGAGCACCUUUUGAUGCAGAACCCAUCUCUUCUGUUCCCAACUAUUGUCCAUCAUGGCAGUUUUCGAAUUGCCUCUCCUGUGAAGAAAGCCCUAGCUCUUUGGAGCAGCUGGUAGAUUCCUGUCUUCAGACAGAUGCGCCCUUAGACCCAGCCUUCAGUGCUUUCCAGACGUCUUCUCGCUGCACCUCAGACGCCUUCCAGCCAGUCCCACUCUGCUUUAACCAGGGUCUGGCUGCCGGAUCCCCCACUUCAGCUGAUCUGUCCAGCCCGUUAAACUAUAGCUGCUCUCCUCCUCAGCUAUCUCCUUUCACCCCACUGACUCACUGCCCACCCUCUGCUCUGGACACCAAGACCUAUGGCUAUCCUGCGGAGGAGUGGUCCUGCCAUACCCCCUCCCCAUACACCACCUCUGCCUGCUGCUGCACUGCCUGUGGCUCCCAGCAUGCGGACAGCAAGGUCCCGCAGUACUUCCCCUGCCCCAACACGGACUGCAUGGACUACCUACCGCCCAUGGCCAUGGCCGACGACUUCUUCAGAAGGGAUAGGAACUGUGACAUCUGCUAUAGCUAA